UGGAGGGUGUGGAGAUCAUAGAAUCAGAAUAGUUCAGCACAAAAAGCUGAGUCAAUUCUGACGGAAUCAGACUGCCUGUGGGUGUGGGUGGGGUGAGCAGUAUUGUUUGGAGUCAAGAGACUGAGGAAGCCGCAGCAACUAUGGCCGACUGUGUGACCAAGGUGCAGCUGACGGUGUCCUGCGAGAGUUUGAUGGACAAAGAUGUUGGUUCAAAGUCAGACCCCAUGUGUGUGCUGCAGCAGAGCCUCGGUGAGGACCAGUGGACAGAGAUGGACCGCACGGAGAGAGUGAAAAACUGUGAGAAGCCGGAAUUCGCCAAAAAGCUGUUGGUGGAUUAUUUCUUCGAGCGAGUCCAGAAACUGAAACUGGGAAUUUACGACAUCGACAAUAAAUCCACGUCCCUGAACGAUGACGAUUAUCUCGGAGGAGUGGAGUGCACACUCGGCCAGAUUGUCUCCAGUAAAACAUUCACACGACCUCUGGAGCUGAAGAAAGGGAAGCUGGCGGGGAAAGGCAGGAUCACGAUCGUCGCUGAAGAAAUCCACGAUAAACGCACGGCAGCGUUUCAGAUGGAAGCCAGGAAACUAGAGAAUAAGGAUUUUAUGGGCAAAUCGGAUCCAUUCCUGGAGAUCUUCAGACAGGGGGACGACGGCUCUUGGCAGCUGGCUUACCGUUCCGAGGUCAUCAAGAAUAAUCUGAACCCGAACUGGAAGAGUUUCUCGGUCUCGCUGCAGUCGCUGUGUCACGGGGAUGUGCAGAAACCUGUUAAGGUCACCUGCUUGGACUAUGAUGGUGAUGGCUCUCAUGAUCUGAUAGGCGCUUUUGAAACUGACUUGUCUAAACUGCAGCAAGUGGAAGGCGGCUCUCCGAUGGAGUUUGACUUCAUUAAUCCUGAAAAGAAGAAAAAGAAAAGUUAUAAAAACUCUGGGAUUCUGCGUGUGAAAUCCUGUAAGAUUGAAACGGAAUACUCCUUCCUCGAUUACGUGAUGGGCGGAUGUCAGAUCAACUUCACUGUUGGUGUUGACUUCACCGGCUCCAAUGGAGAUCCUCGCUCCCCAGACUCCCUCCAUUACAUCAGUCCCAAUGGCAUGAAUGAAUAUCUGUCUGCAAUCUGGUCAGUCGGGCAAGUGGUGCAAGAUUAUGAUACAGACAAGCUGUUCCCUGCAUUUGGAUUUGGAGCUCUGGUCCCUCCUGAUGGGAAGGUUUCCCACGAAUUCUCCUUGAAUUUCAACCCCACCAACCCCUAUUGCCAAGGUGUCCAGGGAGUUAUUGACGCAUAUCGUAAUGCGCUGGUCAAUGUGAAGCUUUACGGCCCAACCAACUUCUCCCCCAUCAUCAGCCAUGUCUCCAGGUUUGCUGCUGCUGCCGCUCAGCAGCCGACAGCCACACAAUACUUUGUGUUGCUGAUCAUCACUGACGGGGAGAUCACAGACCUGGACCAGACCCGCAACGCCAUCGUGGCUGCCUCACGGCUGCCAAUGUCCAUCAUCAUUGUGGGGGUGGGCAGCGCUGACUUCAAGGCCAUGGAGUUCCUGGACGGGGACGAGGGGGUCCUCAAGUCACUGACAGGGGAGCCCGUCGCUCGCGACAUCGUCCAGUUCGUGCCUUUCCAGAAGUUUCAGAACGCUCCCAAGGAGGCUCUGGCCCAGACCGUUUUGGCCGAAGUCCCCAAACAGCUGGUGUCGUAUUACAAACUACGGAACCUUCCACCCCCCAACUCCCCACAGUCCAACAAGUAACCCCCCUCCCGCACUGCCACCCUGCCCCCCCCCCCACUGCCCAACCCCCGUGCCCCCCGCUCAAUAUAAUGCCAAACCACUUAGAGUUCAGGACCAAUCCGCCCUCUGGUGUGGUCAGUGCCGCACCUGGCAAUGCUACGGCUUGUGUUUCACUGGCGCUUGGCUCUCCAUUGCUGCUCUCUUUGCCUUGUUGAAGCUUUCCCUUGUGUAAUGUGUAAAAGUGCCUAACUCACCGCGCACAUAAACAGCUUCCAAUCAAGUUCUAUGUGUAGAUUAAGCUGCUCGACACCAUCGUGAUCCCCGUCCACAAACCUUUGUCUCAAAUAUAAUGUACUGUCGGAGGCAACAGUUUGUGUACUUUUGAUUUUUAUUCCUCUUAUUCCCUCUUAUGUCUCACUCACACCCACAUGAACACACAAAUACAUCCACCCACACCCACCCACA